UGAAUUUUGACAUCCUGGCCGUCGCCUCGUGAAGUUGAUGUUGCUUUUGGACCCGGUUGUGUAACCCACAGGAGAAAUAAUACACUACAGAUUUUGUGAUUAUACCAAGUUAAUUAUGGAAUAAGUAACAACUAGUCGAAUCUAGAAGUGAUUUCCGACCGUCGAAGCGCCACUAUCGUUUAGUUCUGGUUUACGACGCGCAUAGCUACACACAAUAUGGCUAAAUACAUCGCUCAAAUAAUUGUGCUGGGUACACAAAUCGUGGGUCGAGCUUUCGCCCGGGCGCUGAAACAGGAAAUUGCGGCCUCACAAGAAGCCGCCAAACGAGCCGGCGGUGGCCAACAGGGACAGAAUCGCGUUGCAGCUAAUUUGAAAACUGGGAUGACCUUAGAAGAAGCACAACAAAUUCUAAAUAUUUCUAAGCUGGAACCUGAGGAAAUCCAAAAGCAUUAUGAACAUUUAUUCCAAGUGAACGACAAGUCCAAGGGCGGAUCUUUCUACCUGCAGUCGAAAGUGUUCCGAGCGAAAGAACGGAUAGACCAAGAACUAAAGGCUAGCAAACCUCCGGAGGGGAACGAACGAAAGGAACAAUCUGAGCAGAGUCAAAGCGAGCAGAAAUAAAAGCUUAGGUUUAUAUAUUUGUAUAGAUUCAAUGAAAACUUAAUCGUUAUCAGUCGUUGAAAUGCAUUAUCGGAGAAAAUCA